CAUCUGUUCCGCACAGCCCUGUACAAAGUGGUGGAGCAGACAGGAGGAAUUGUAUCGUUUGCUGGAGAUGGUAGGACUACGCAUUUUGAUACAAGUUUUGCCGAAGACGUAGUGGGACGAGUUAUCACGUCUGCUUGCUGCGUUCAGAAUCGACUGGUGAGUAAAGCAGUCAGCAGGACAGACGGUGACAUCUGGAAGAAUAGUAAGUCAAACCAGAACCUACAAGGAUGUUUGGUAACAGCGUGAGCAUGCACGUUCCGAAGCAAACUGAGCGCGAUAAAGCGCUACGGCGAGUUCACCGCAACGAGAAGUGCAUUUAUCGGUUGUGCCGUCUCUUAGGCCUAGCACGGCUUUCAGAGUAAUCAGUGCGUAGUGAUGUACACGGUGCGUUCCGGGUGCGCUGGAAACCUUGUUGAGACGCAGAGAUGGAGAAGACCGUCGAGCGAACGACUGAGUUGUCUAAACGCGGUGCGUGGAAUACCGAAGUACAAACACAGGUCGACGGCUUUUGUUAGCGACCAAGAGCUUCUCAGUUUCGAUGAAAACUUAACUCCCUCCCGAGAAAAUCCAACGGUGAAAAUGGCCAUUAUACCCGUUGUCAGAGAGCACGGACGAACGUGCCGACGAGAAGGGGCAGUCUGCGUGAACCUAAAUUGGUCGGCACGAAGUUUUUGAACGCGCGAGGUACCUACGUUGCACGCCUGAAUUCCUAUGUUCCUCACCACCACAACUACAACAACCACCACCACCACCUACGAGGCUGUUGUGAUGAGCUAGAAUGGUUCGCCAUAGCACUGUCAUCAGCCGGAAGUACUGUGCCUUCAGCUGAAGAAGAAGGAGCGGAGGCGGGAAUACAGCGCGUGCUGUGGCUUGCCGUUUUGUCUUCCAUUUUGGCACUGACAUUUCGUGAGCGAAGCGAAGGACAUUAGAACAUUGCACUUGACGUUACCACGGAUCUAGCUUCAAGGGCAACCGCGUCAGCUCGCCUGAGAUAUGAAGAGCAAGCAAGAAGCACCACCGGACAAGCUGACCCUACAGCUAUUGCACUCCGAUCGACGUUUCUUAGUCUUUUCGGUCUGCAUUACGGUCACGGCGUGCCUCGCGACAAUAGGCCUAAUAUUGGCUAACGACUACACCGCAGAGCCACAGCGUUUGAAACUAGGCCUGAGCGACAUCCGAGCCGUCAUGGACACGGAAGUCGACCCGUGCGAAGACUUUUACCGCUACGUGUGUGGCCAGUGGGACGCCGUCCAUCCUGACGACGAGAACACUUACCACAUCACCGACAGGCUAGUCGAGGAGCAGCUGGAAAAUAUCGUAUUAACCGGUUCACCCGACGAGCAGCGCUCCGCGACGGAGAAAGUUGCUGAAGCAGUUCGACUGUGCUCCAAGGUCUGGGAUCAGAAACAGGAACAUAGUGAGCACGUCUUGAGCUUCCUCGAGAAGCUCGAGCUCAGGGUCCCGUUCCGUAGCGGAGAAACGCGCGUUCCCCAUCCUGUGACUGUCCUGGUGAACCUUGCUCUCAGAGCUAGUAUAUUCCUCGUUUUGGGUCUGCAGCCAAUGGUGGACCUAAGGCACUCGGAUGGACGUAUGAUUAUGGCCAUUACGCCACAGAGGAUGUUUCACGAUAUUAUUUUGGGAUCCAGCAAUUACCUGAACAACACAGCUGCGACUGCCGCUGGCAGAAACACCUACAGCGAAGACGUGCGUGUAGUGCACAAGUUCGUCAAAUCAGUACUGCGCUACGGAGUCGGUGGCAAUCCAGAAUACAUAACGCUGGACAGCCUCGCUAAACGCACGCCCAAGGUGGGCGUGUCCCUCUGGUUGUACUCCCUGAACCUGAACGUAAAUCCUCCACUGCGCAACGCGUCUGAGCUCUACCUCUUCAGCCCGCUGCCGCUCAACAUCAUUCGCUCGCUCCUCAGCAAAUUCGAGGGACGGUACACAAAAAUUCUCAACUGGAUAACCUACAUGGUUCACGUUUAUUUCUCCGACGCGUCGUCCUACACUUUUCGAAGCAGGAUCGACGAACCUACCAGCCGUUGUCACGAUUACGUGUUUCACGUCGCUCCAUUCGCAGCUGCAGUAAGGUACUCGGAAGGGUUGGUAUCGCUAGACGAAGUGGAACUCUUGAAGCACAUGUACCGCAGCAUGACAGACGUGAUGCCGCAGUCUUUCACCUGGAUGAAGAACGAGUCCCGCGCCGGCGCUCUUCACCGGUUCGGCCAGCUAACGCCGGUGUUCGGCGUUCCGAAGGAACUCAGCUCUCCUAUCAGACUGGACAGGUAUUACGCUUAUCUCCCAACAUUUCAAGAGCCAUUCAUCGUCGGCCUCCUUCAGGCUUACGAAGGCAAGGCCGCGUACGCCCUGCGUCGGUACGCCGCAAGCUUCAACGGCACUCGCAAUGUGGAAACCCGCUUUACGACCGACUGGGAGAAUCCAAGACCAGUCGUAAGCUUGGCUUAUCGCCCUUAUUUCCACGAGAUACUCGUUCAGUCGAUGUACAUGAUUCCUCCAUUCGUCAACCACGGUUCGUUAGCAGUGUCGUACGGUAUCUCUGGACAUGCCCUCGCGCGGGAGAUUACCCAUAGCUAUGACACGCAGAAUGUGCGUGCGAGACCAGAUGGUGUGGCUGAUAGAGGCCCAGAACAUGAGGACUACAAGAAGCGGAUACAAUGCAUACUGCGCCUUUACGAUAAAGAUGUUGCGGUGCCGCACAGGGAAACCUACAGCGAGUUCACGUUGGACGAGAACAUCGCAGACGUUGGAGGAAUGCACUUGGCCUUGGCGGCAGCGAAAGCAGAUGAGUGCGACCCGUUGAAAGGAGAUUCACCCUUACCAGGCCUAACGAACUUGCAGUUGUUCUUUAUUGCAUCGUGCUACCAGUUCUGUACGUGGGAGAAAAAGGUGACCGGACGUGUGUGGCUGGACUCCCAUGCUAGGAACGAUCACCGAUGCGAAAUUCCUGCGAGGGCUAUAAGGGAAUUUUACCGGGCGUUCGAAUGUAACUUGACGGAGAGUAACAUAUGCCCGUUUUAUUAAGUCGAUUAGCGGCUCUAUAAAGCAAUGAUGACACCGAA